AUGAUCCCCAGCUCACCCUCAUAGUCCGGACUCGAAGUGACCUCGGGGUGUGUGUAUAUCGGCUGGCCACAAGGGAUGAUCGACGUCGCGCGCUUGGUGAAGAACACGGGGAAAUCAGGCUGUUCGUUCUUAUCCGAGCUGUCAAAACCGCUGAGGUGGAAUUCCGCCGCUUCUUGCCGAUACACCUUCCCGACGCUCAGCAUUGCUGUCGUAUGAGAGCAGGAAGCAGCGCAAGCAAACGCACAAGACAUCCCUUCCAGGAAGCGGCGCAAGCACCUCCAGAUCCUCCAUUUGCGUUGUGUCUCCCGUUUCGAACUUGUGAUCUGCUGCGAGAUGCGGAUGGGCUUCGAUGAGCCUGAAGAGGUCGAGGUAGCCAAGCACUUCCGUCACAGUCGUUUCGGCGGUGUCGACGAGCCCGAUGCGAGGUCUGUGGGUAGCAUCGGAAAGAAUGCGGUAUCUGAGAAAUCUGUGUGAGACUGGUGGAGGCGACAUCGCGGGACGGACGAAUGAGGAUGAGGCGACAUUGAUCUCGAUGACGGAAGACAAUCAAUCUUAUCUGCAGUGAUGACCUCGGAUCAGGCUUCACCAAGCGAUGUUUGACAUCAAAAGCGAUGCGUGAUGAUAUCAAACUUCGCUUUGCAUCUGGACAACCUCGUCAUUUCCAGGCACUCUGCGCUUGCGCUGACGCUCUGUCUAUGUUUCUUGAGGCGCUAAAGGUUAUCGAACGAACUUUGUCGAUUUCUGGUUGCAUAUGAUAUGACUCAGCCCGCAUCACGGCAGCCCGCCUCAUUGUCAUGCACGCUCUGAAGCCUGCAAAACAAUCCCUAUCGAAACAGCACGUGGUGUGAUAUGCUGUGAGUCAAUGCGGGGCGGCCAUAGUCAAAGCACGGCCAAAGCACACACACCUGCGGCAUGUUAAAGCGCCGCACAGCAACUCUCCUUCUCCCUACUUAAGCCCACCCACCCCGUCUUAUUGUUCUCUGCGAAACCCCCGAAUCGGUCUCCUCUCCCAUGUUGCACAACAGCUCUGACAUCAUAGUGAAUGAUCAUUCGAGCUCCGGCCUGGACAUGGCACCGGAUGAUGACGUCUCCUGGACCGCGGGGUCGGAUUAUGAACCAGAUUCGAGUGAAGACUACGACUUUGAAGACGACCUUAUUGUUUGUGAUCGAGUUCCGGCUCUUUCCAGCAGCAGCAAUGCUUGUUCCCUUCCGCAAUCGAUACAGUCGCUUGCCUCUUCUUCCCGUCCCCAAGGGAAUCUCACUCGGAGCCAGGACGAUCAGGACCUGAGUCCUACGAAUGCCACCGCGUCUUCCGGGUCCUCUGGCCUCGCCGCUGGUUCCUCUAGCUCUUCGGCAUCCGCAGGGACUUCCCAACCGCACAUGUCCUCUGCUAGUCCCUCCACAUCGAUUUCUAGCGCUAGUUUGCCCUCGGCACCUGUGACCGCCCCCCAUCGACCAACCUCCACAGAUGGGUCUGUACCAUCGACCAUCGCCCCAGUUGCAAACCCAAGUGCAUCUGUUGCACCUGUGCAGUUUCCACCUGCCGGUGUACCACCGCCACAGCUACCGCCGCCCAUCCACGUCCACGUCAACGUCUUCUUGACCCUGCAAGUCACCGCACAUCCCCUGAUGCCGACUCUUCCCCCCGCGGCCCCGAUCCACCUCCCUCCCGUGCAACACGGGUUUACCUUCCUUGGCAAUGGUGGGAACGCACCCUGGCCUUGGCCACCGCUCGCCCUGUGGCACGCUUUUGGACUAGCAGCUGGGUCUGGAGUCUCAGCACGUGAUACUGCCCCGCCCGCACCUCGGGAUGGGAGGCCAGAGACCAGCCCGGUCCGUGCGGCGCCUUCGGUGAUGGACGGGUUGAGAGAGCUUGGCAGCAUCUUGUUGCCACUUGCUGCGUUGAGAAGCUCAAAGAGGAAGAGAGAUGACGAUGCGGGAGAUUCGGGACAGAAGAGAAGUAAACGAAAGAUUGACUGAGUAGCUUGAUGUCCUGUUUUGUUUUCGAUUUCAAGUAUAUGCAACCAAUUUGUUACCUGCGGCGAAGUAUUUUUCGAGAUCCCUUCCCGCCAACAUAACACAGACCUA